AUGACCACUCCAAUAACAUCUUGUAUGGACGAAUCAGAGUUUUCAGAAGUCUACCCACCAUCUGAGGAUUCCUACUUAUUUUUGGAUGCUUUGGAGUUGGAUUCUGGAUUUUUGUCCGAAUUGAGGCCCACUUUAACUCUUGAAGUUGGAAGCGGUAGUGGAGUUAUCAGUGCAUUCUUUUGCUCAUCCAUUUCAAAACCACUCUUCCACAUAUGCACCGACAUAUCCCUCACCGCAUGUUACGCAUCUCAACGUGUGCUGAACGUAAAUGUUCCUAGUACAUCGGUGACAUAUGAUGUAAUUAAUUGUUCUUUAGCAACUCCCCUCUUGUCUAAACUAUAUAAAAGUGUGGAUUUAAUCAUGUUUAAUCCUCCCUAUGUACCGACAACUUCAGACGAACACAAAGCUGCUAGUUCGACUAUAGUUGCCUCAUGGUCUGGUGGGCGACUGGGAAGAGAAGUAAUUGACCCAUUUUUAAGUCAAGCUUACAAUUUGCUCUCACCACACGGCUGCAUUUAUUUACUGUUAUCGAAAGACAACUGUCCUGAAGAAGUACAUCUUAUGAUGAAAAACUUGUCUAAUGGAAGAGUCCAUGCAAAAGAAAUUCUUCAUAGACGAGUUCAUAAUGAAUUUUUAACUGUUUUUCGCUAUAGCUGUUGA